AUAGAAGUCAAUGCAACGUUCGAAUGAGGGCAGUAGAGGGCACGUGUGUGUGUGUAUGCUUAUGUGUGUGAGUGUAUGUGUACCCACUAGGGACCAUUUCUGCUGUCUUUACUGAUUUUUUUAGAAUCAUUAGUCCCAAUGGGAAGAAAACCCUGGGUCUAAUGAGGCGGGACCUCAUCUGCAAGGUUCCGGCAAAGAUGUGAGAUGUGAAUUAUAGUUACGACAAACCUGUCAUUCUUAAGUCCUAAUGAAAGUCUGUUCACACAUGUUUAAGUGGUUUAUGAUUCAAACCUACAUAAUUUUAUUAAUUAUUCAACUUCCUUUGGAGCUGUCCAGUUUUGAGUUAAUCUUUGAGAGAAUUUUUUUUCCCCACAUUUUUGUUCAUGUAUCACAUAAUUUGUGGAGAAUUCUAGAAAGGACAGGACAGUUGCAAAAUACAAUUUUGUAUGAUGGUCUGGUAGUAGAGCAAGUAUUUGUUUGACUCAAGUCAACAACUGAGUUUCUAAAUUGUAUCCAUCCGUGUUGGCUUGCAGACAUCAAUAAAAGCCACUUGACAUUGAAAAACAUAGAUGUGUCAGGAAGACUAUUGUUUGUGCGUUGAAAGACGUGAAUCUUUGAAUAUCUCUGACGUUGAGCUGUGUUAUAAUAACAGGACAGUACUUUAUCUGAAGCUGUCUAUAGUUGGAGGAUAAAGCCACAGUAUUUAGCUCUCAGAGAUUUCCUGACAAUCCCAGGUCUUUCAUGUAAGCCAUUACAGUUACUGUAUGAUUAGACUAGUGAAGGACUAACUCUAACAGCAGCGACAGGACAGUCAAAGCCAAACUGUUGGAAAGGUUCACAGACAAUUUUGAAAAUGAGAUUUUACAUGUGACAUUUUGAAACACUCUCUCUCCGGUGACCUAACACAUGUCAUUACUUUAUACAGCUUAAGUUUGAGAUUUAAAAACCACAGAUGUUCACUACAAGCAUGAUGAAGAGUUAUAUGCAACCAUUGAAUGUCAAAGUUAAAUUAUGUCUGUAAUUGUUGUGGAAUAUAUCCAAACACAAACACAGAGGAAUAAUGUGUCAGAACCUGCGGCUGCGUCACUCCUGUUCCUCCUACAAAGUUCACAACUUAUUCCUCAUUACAAUAUGACCUUGUGUCAAGUAAUGUUUUCAAUUCAUUCGUGCCAGAAUCACAUCACUGCCCCAAGGCUGCUGCGUACAAAAAGAAAUCCAUUAAGUACUUGAUACAGACCAGUUCUGAAACCUUGCCGACUCCCAUGGUCAUUGACCCAGAGGGUGACAGGGUUGGGGAGUUAUUUUCUGUUUAUGCCAGCAGCACACCACAACCCUCCCACUGUGUUUUUUUAAAGGAACACUUUGGAUGAAUAGUUUAAAAUGUUGAAAUUUGUGCAAGUGGAUACUGUAAGUCUUGGAGCAGAGGGAUCGAAAUGGAGAGAAACACCACUGAAGUCAAGCAUGCAGAGAGCAGUCUGGGUUCUAUGGACGAACAACCUCUGCAUUUGGAAUGAGAAACGGGCAGGAGGCAGGGAUGAGGAGAAGAAGGAGGAGGAGGAGGGAGGACUGUAGUGCAAGUGCAGCAGGCUUCCUCAGCGAUGCUGUGUUAGCAGCACACUAGGUUCUGCGUGUUUUUGUAUGUUUAUACAGUCCCAUGUUUCUGCUUAUGCACGUCUAACUCUUAUCUGCUAGAUGUUGGGUUAUGAUUGGCAUGUGCAUGAGGAGGGAGGGGUCUGGGCAGAACACUGAUUGGAUGUGUUCUCUUGUAGGGUGUGGCCAGAAUAUGAAUGACAGCCCCUGCCUUUUGCAUUGCCAGGUUGAAGGGAUAGUUGCCGAGGAGGGAUGGGGUGUUUGAGAUUGUGUAUGUGUGUGUGUGAGAGAGGCAGAGAGCAUCAGAGCUUGUGAGAGGAGAGAGGAAAAGAAAAGGGGAGGGGAGAGAGAAAGGGAGAGAGAGAGAGAAAGAGAGACAGCAGAAGAAUGUGAAGGGAAGGAGCUAGGGAGAAAAGGAGGGAGCUUCAGGCAGCAAGGCUGAACCAGCGCUCGCUCACUGCAGUCUCUUUUCUGCUUCAACUCUCUUCUCCUCACUUCUUCUCCUGCUGCCUGGCCAUGACCCUGAUGGACACACUGAUCUCCUUGUCUACCUAAAGAAGAGAGGGGGGACGUUUAAGCGGUGGAAGCAGGCACGGGAAGAGGGGACACUGCACACUUUGCCUCACUGAUGCACUUUUUGCCUCACUGAUGAGAGUGUGGAAAUGAAUUUCCAGCGUUGAGAGGGAAGCGCAGAGAGUGGCUCAGUGUCAGGUGCAGCAGAUAAGAAGAGCGAGUGAGUGGAAGAGGGUUAAUUUUGUUAGAUGUGUGAAGAUGCAGGCGGAGGCAGAGUAACCCCCCUGACACUUUUGAGUCACACACAGGACAAGUUGGGGCAGAGUGAGGAAAUGUCAGAGAAGGGAAGAAAUUCAACAGGGAUACUGAGAUUGGUCCCCUCACAUCCAUCCUUUUAACUUCUCACAUUCUCUUCCUCUCACAUUCAUUCAAUUCCAUUCCAUAAUUUCUUUCUUAUUUAGUUCCUGCAGUUUUUUUAUUGAUCUAUUUUGCAUUUCACCAGAACUCUUUACCAGAGUUCUUGUUUUAUCUGAUUGAAAUAAGUUAAUUGGCUAAAGUAGGGCUGCUGUUACCCCCUGGUGGAGAGAGACGCUGAGUAGGAUUUUCUUACAAGACCAGGUAGGACAUUUCUGGAUAAUCUUGCUGGAGCGCUGGAGUCAGAACCCUCCAGUGGUUUAACUGAUUGUACAGUCACGAGAUGAAACUGAAAUCCAGCUUAUCUCAAAGAACAUGACACCUCUGUUUAAGGGAUUUAGGAGAGGGGAACAGGGAUGUGCAGAUAUGUGUGUGUGUGUUGGGAAUAUAUCUUAGAUACAUCGUUUUUGCACAGGUGUCGUGGCAGUUUUUUUUUCUUUUACAAUGUUUGCUUUUGUGAAUAGUUGAGAAUAGACUCUAUGAUUUUAGUGAUCAUUUAAGGUCCAGUGGAUAAAAACACAUCAUCCUUUAAAGAUUAUCUGAGAUCAAAUGUGAGCACACUGUGAGUGAGUGUAAUUAGGUCAAUAAUUCUGUGAUUUGACAGGGGGCAUCAUUGUUUCAGCCAAAGUGUGCAAAGACAGAAACCUCUCUGAAGAUUGUUCUCAGUCGUUCAACGAGUUUUUUUCCCCACAAACUGAAAUACACAGAGUGACUGUUGAAGACUUCAACUAAUUCAAGUUCCAUAAUGAGACGUUCAAGUACAGAUGAGACUCCUUACCGCCGGAGUCCAUCUCUGGACAGUAAACCUGAGACUCCACCAUUCACGUCGGGGUUCCAUCGCUUCAGUGGAGAGUUCGAGUAUAAGCGACCGCCUUUUGCGUUUGGUUUCCACACGACAAAGGGGCCACAAACAUCCAAGGGUCGCUACGCCCAGGGGAAGAAGUAUGUGGUCUUUUACCUGGAUCUCUCCUUCAUAUUCCUUCUAGAACUGCGACGCUGCAGGAUGGCUGAGGGUUGCAUGAUGGCCCUGAGAUAUGGAAUGGUUUUCUUCAACCUUCUCUUCUGGCUGGGAGGAUGUGGUAUACUGGGGGUGGGGGUCUGGCUCUCAGUGACCCAGGGAAGCUUUGCCACCCUAUCAUCAUCCCUGCCCUCCCUCUCAGCAGCCAAUCUGCUCAUCGCCGUUGGGACCAUCAUAAUGGUAAUCGGCUGUCUGGGCUGCGUGGGCGCCGUCAAAGAGAGCCGUCCUCUGCUGCUGACAUUCUUUAUCCUCCUCCUGCUCAUUUUCUUCCUGGAGAUUCUGUCCAUCAUGCUGUUCUUUAUCUACCAAGAUGAGAUUGAUCACUACGCCCAGCAGGAUCUGAAGAAGGGUCUGCAGCUGUUCGGCACUGAGGGCAACGUGGGUUUGACCAACGCCUGGAUGAUAGUGCAAACUGAUUUCCGCUGCUGUGGAGUCACCAACCUCACAGACUGGUUUGAAGUCUAUAAUGCCACCAGAGUUCCAGACUCCUGCUGCCUGGAGUACAGCGACAACUGUGGACUGGACAACCCAGGGACAUGGUGGACAGCGCCAUGCUACGAGCGCGUAAAGGACUGGCUCAAUGAGAACCUGGUGGCUCUGUGGAUCUUCGCUCUAUGCACAGCUCUUACUCAGAUCCUGGGCCUGGUCUUCUCCAUGACAAUGUUCUGUCAGGCUGUGAAAGUGGAGACCUUCUACGCCUAACCAUUGACCUUCAGCACAAUUGGAUAGUUUCCGUCACGGAGAGAUAGACUCAUCAUCCUCCUCCUUCCUCUCCUCCUCGUCCACCUCCUCCUCAACAGACUCUUUCUCCCACUGCUUGCCCUCACUGUGACUCCGUUCACAGUUGUUUUUCUCCUCUAAUCAUGAACAAGCACAGUGUCGGUGUAAUAAUACCUGAUGAUUGCUAUGGUUUGCUUGGUGUUGGAAGCUAACUUCUGUGAACUUGUACUAUAUAAAAAAAAAGUAACCAUUUUUUUUCAAGUGUUUUGGUUUUAAAUUAUUUUAUGGUUUGUAUGUGUCUCAAAAAAUAAGAGCUACAAAUGGGAAAAGUGGGCACUGUGUGAAGUGCUAAAGUGCAUGUGUCCUGCGAUGGUCUCCAUUAAAUGUUCUGGCUCGACUUCGA